AUGUCUCUAACUCGAGCGGCUCUUCUGUUAACUCAUGCCUACUUCCACCACCGAGCAUACAUAUCGCCGAAUCCGAACCCACCCACCGUGGAGUACGCGAAGCCUUCUGAGAAGGAGACCGCGACGUUCUUGAAUACGGGGAUUAUUAUCUUCAGAGUAUCAUAUAGUCUCAUCUGCGCGCUCGAGGCCUUCGUAAUUGUAGCGUCAAAGUUCCCGCAUCUUCCUUUCUCCCAUGCCGUACUAUCCACCUUCACAUCCCCCGACGCGACCUGCGCCUCAAACCUUCAGCCAACUACCUUGUUCCUCCUAGGGGUAUUCUUCACCCUCCAAGGCGACCUCCUACGUCUCUGGUGCUUCCGAGAACUCGGAAAGCACUUCACUUUUAUCUUCACGAUUCAGACGGACCACAAGCUCAUGACGUCGGGGCCGUACGCGUACCUACGGCACCCGUCGUAUCUGGGCGCUAUCUUUGGCUUCAUCGGCGAAGUUCUAUGCCACCUCACGUGGGGAUCGUGGUUCAUGGAGUGCUCCGGAAAGGGGUUGAGUGGGCUGGUACUGGUAGCACUGAAGGGCUUGCUUUCCGCAAGGAUGUUGAACAUGGCGACGAUAUGUGUCACGGCGCUCCAGCGGGCGGAGGAAGAGGAUAGGGUUUUGAAGCGGAUGUUCGGGAAGGAGUGGGAAGAUUGGGCGAAGAAGGUCCCAUAUAAGUCGAUUCCUUGGAUCUACUGA